AUGGUAAAACCGCGCGGGAAGAUCCCACGGGAUACCGAGGUCACAGGACGCGACCUAAGAAAUGACGGGUGGACGAGAAAGCCACCACCACGCAGCAGCUUGGACGACCGCUACAAGUACAUCCGCCCCGAGGGACACCCAAACGGCACAGUGGGAUUGAUUACUUCUUGGGGGAGGUUGCCGUACUUGACUUUUAUGCAGAUGCUACCACAAAUGAAGAACCUCCACACCCUUAAGCCUCUCCGCUCCCUCAACGCCAUACUACUCGACCGCCAGCCCGUCGCUCACUUAAGACGACUACGAUCUUCAAUACAUCGCCUCCGAGUACACCACCUCAGCUUCUCCGCUUAUCCGGAGGAGAACAAUAAUGACGCUUCUGGAGCUUCUGCUGAGGUCCACACCGGUGACGAAGACAAUGAAGAUGAUUUCGAUACACUCGGAAGUGAGUUGCUGGCAGACAAACACGACAAUUUGAAUGCUGUUGAACCAGGCGAAAGCGCAGACCAGUACGGAGCAAUUGAGUCUGGGGAUGAAGCUGAAAAGGAUGAUGUUGACGCGGAUGAAUACGACUCAGACCAAGAUGUGGAGGGAUUUUGCACUCCUGAAGAUCUUGUGGAUGAUGUGGAUGAAAUGGAAGCAGAAAUCGCCGAAGAAGCACUAUUUGCUGCGAAUUUCUUGGGAGGUUUUGGAGGAGCGGAUGAAGUUCUAGCCGCUAACCUGCAGAAUAUAGUAUUGCGUAGUCUGUCGGCAAUGGGGUGGGAAGACGUCGUCGAGCCCAAUAUUGAUGAACAUAUGAUGGGGCCGUAUCAUCCUGUCAGUAAUACGGGCAGCUAUCCAG